CCUUCGCGUCUUUCGUAAAUAAACAAAACUAUCAGAUGUCAAUAUUUAAUAAUAACAAAAAUUAUCAGCUGAGUGACGUCGUUGUCAAAGUCGAAAACGAUGAGUUUCCGGCGCACAAAUUGGUACUUGCGUCCCAUAGUCCCGUUUUCAGGAGAAUGUUCAACACAGACAUGAAAGAAGCCAAAGAAAAUUGUGUUAAUUUUAUAAACUUUGAGACUGAAGUAAUAAAAGAGGUUUUGAAAUUUAUGUACACAGGGAAAGUCGAGGCAGAAGAUGAUACUGAGCUGGUUCUUAGUGUCUUGGCCUGCGCUAACAUGUACCAGAUAGACAAAUUAAAAAUUUUCUGUGAGUGCAAAUUGAUCGAACAUAUUAAUGUUGAUAAUGUCAUUAAUCUUCUUGUUAAAACUGACAACUACGAUGUCCCCAAACUGAAAGAAAGAGCGAUAAAGUUUUUGGUAAAUAAUAAAGCCAACAUUUCUUUUGAUGAUGCGAUAAAUCAAGUGAGCAACUCAAAAAUAAUACGAGACUUUUUUAUAAACCAGAUGGGAAUGAAAUGCGACUAAUUAUUUUUAAUAAUUAAUUUUUUCAAAACUGUAAAUAUGAUACUUUAGUUUAUA